AGAAAAAGAUCAAAGCAGUCACUCAUAAUAUUCUUCUUCUUGCUGUGUAGUAUAAGUGUUAGUCUCUACAGCAAUAUUCCAAAAGGGAAGGAAGGCACCACAACCAACUUACCAACCAACAGUGUAAAAGGAGACACUGCUGCCUUUAAACAGAUAAAAGCCAGAUGAGAUUCUCUGCCAUGGUUGCCAUGGUAAGUCAUGAAAAGAUCAAAGGAUAUUAAAUUUUCUCUUGAGUUCUAUUGAUUUAACUCAAAUUGAAGGUUAAGAACUUGAAACUGUUACACCUCUCAUUGUACAGUCUGGCAAAAAUUAGACGAGGAAGAAGGUGAAGGUUGAUAUAAAGCAGUAAUGGAUGAUAAUAAUGUCGACGACGUUAGUCGACUUCCCUCCACUGUGGUGUCAGAUUAUCCAAGGUCUGGCAUCAUUGAACGUCUGAAAGAGAAAAACUGCAAAAAACAUAAAGAAGCUCUGAAGCAGCUGGGAGUGGAACUGGCAGAACUUGCCAAUGAGUGUGAAACUCAGAUCAGGGCCAUCAGUGAGGAGCUUCUAUCCUUUCUGCAGGAGGUGGACCUCAGGUUGGACACACUCACGGACAGAAUGGAACAGCCGGAUGAUGUCACUCUACCGGAAAUGCAUGAUCUCUGGGAACAGGUGAAAAGGGACAUUAAGCUGAAGAAGGUGCAAGUUGUGGAGACAAACCAUAAACUGAGCUACUGUGAGACGCAGCGGACCAACAAGGUGCGAACUGUGCUCAGGAAAUACUGCCACCUGCUGGAGAAGAACAGCUACUUGCUCCCACCAGACAUCCACAGAGUGAUCCACAGCGAGGCCAUGAUGUUGAAUCAGUCUCUGCUGGCAAACCGUCGCAGCCUGGCCCGUCUGCUGCUCCUCCUCCAGGAGGGAAUCCUUCAACAGGAGUCACAUUCCCACCUGCACUGGCUGAACAGUCUGUGCUGCUGGAAGAGGUGUAGGAUCACUAAGAUCAUAAACAACUACAGGAGUCUCUGCAACAGUGGCGAGGAUCUGCAGCUGAUUCCUACCUCAUUUCAGCAGAGCAGUCAGUCCCAGCAAGAUCUGACAGAACAACGUUGUGACCUAAUCUCCAGAAUGUGCUCUCUGGUCCAGCCCACCUGCUCCAUCACUCUAGUCACUGAUUGGUUCAACCAACUGACGGCAAUCAAUCAACAAAUUGAGAGUUUCUAUGCCGAUGUCCUCUAUCAGCUCCGAUGCUGUUAUGAGCAGACGUGGCAGCAGCGUCUGACUGAGGUGGAGCACUGUAAGGUGGAGCUCUCCGCUCUGCAGCUGUCAGAGGUGGAGGUGAACGAUGUCAUCAGGUCGCAGCUCCUCCCAUUAAUUGGUCAAAUCCAGAGUCAGGAUGAGGAGAAGCUGGCUGCGUUAGACAUGUGCUGUGACUCUGUGGUGCAUCAUGCGCUCACUCUCAGCAGGUGUGCGUUUGACGUGAUGCGAGGAGCAGCGCUGCUGUGGGAGAUGCACAACCGCAGGAUGGAAAGAAGAGAAGAUGAAGUACAGCAGCAGCUGAACAACCUGCGACGCUCACAGCUGAGACACUUGAAGGGUAAGAAGAUGCAGCUGGAUUACCUGCUGGCAAAACUCCGCCAGGAGAGCAACGAUAGUGCUUUGAAAAAGUCCCUGGAGAGAGCUGUCCUCUACCUGCAGGAAAUGAAAGACAGCUGCGGAGAGUGUGUGUCUGAUCAGUGUGAGGUGUUGGAAAGUCUCCAGGCUCUCUUUCUGAGCGAGCUUCUCUCCUACAGCAGCAGUCUUAGCUGCUUUUUCCACCUGAAACACAUCUACAAACCGGGGCACAGUGAACUGCAGCAGUUUGACCUAAAAUCUACCAAGUUCACUGGCCUGGCUAAAAUACAGACACCAGAGGAAGUGACAGACAUGUAUUCAAACAGCUGUCAAAAUUAUGUUGACUCCACCCAGCCCUUUCAGAACUGGCUAGCGGAGGCAGAGUCUUCUCUGUUAGAUCUCUAUGACAUUGGCAGGACCAUCAGGUUUAUAUCAUCCAGUGGAGUGAUGUACACUGGCCCUGCUUUCAAAUGCCCCACCAUCAACCUGCAGGACAACCCACAGCAGGAAGCACAACUUAGUUUAUUUCCUGUGGAACUGCUCACUCACACACUGAACAGGACUCGGACUUUGUUCUUGGACAAACUGGAGCGGCAUUUCCAUGAUGUCCUCAGCUUAACCCUGACCAUGGUAACAGAGAGGAAGGAGGCAGUGUGUUGGGACCUGGAGCUCCAACUGCAGCUGCUAAACCCCCAACACAUCCAGACCGAUGUUCAUCAACCCCGCCUGACUGAGCUGCACCUACAUUGCCAUUGUUUGGACGUUCAUCAUGGGGUGGUGCACGAUGCAGUGACCUUGUGCAGAACAGAGCUGCGAGAGCUGCAGACCUCCAUCAGCAGGAAGAACGACAAGUUCAUCGUAGUGCUCACCAAAAUGAUGGACAACAUCAUGGCUGCCAACAGCAGCCAACAACUGAGGGCUGCCAGCUCCAGCCUGCAGGAGUGUCUGAAUCAACACAUCAGAUACACUCAGUGUCGUCAGACUGCUUUCAGAAAGACGUUCCACACCAGGCUGAAGGACGUCAGAGACAAAACAGCAGGACUUCUGAGCUCCUUCGGGCUGUUUAAUGAAGGAGGAGAGUUUGCUCCUCAGGAGCUGAAGGUGUGUCAGAGGAGACUGAAGGAGGAUACCAAACGCAUCAAAGUCACAGAGCAGUCCAUCUUCUCUGAGCUGGAGGCGUUUGAGUGCAAGAGUUUACAGCAGGUAAAGACACUGUCAGAUCAGGUCGAGAAGACACUUUCUCUGCGGACAUCUGAGGUGAUAUUCAGUGAGGAGAUUGAGAAAAUUGUCAGCAGCACACGAAUUCAGAUCAAAGCUGAGGCUGCCGGUAGUAACCAGCAUCAGUCAGUCAUCAGCAGCAAGUUGGAGGAUUUGAGGAGGACAUUGGAGGACACACAUGUGUCCCUAGAUGAGGUGAGUUGUCUUGUGUAUUCAGUUGGUGAAGACCUGAGAAGGCGCUAUCAUUACCUGGACUUUGAACAGGAGGACCCGCCAAAGUCCACAAAUCACACCCAGUCUACUCCGCCUCCUGGUCUACAACAGCCCAGCAGACCAAGUACUAAUGUCCUCAACGAAUCUGUGGUGGACAUCAUCAAGUUCCUGAACACGUUUCCUUUGUCCCAGGAGAGGUCAACAGCCACUGAGGACAGAGACAGGGCAUGUCCUCCACAGAGAUGCACUGAGUCUGUCGGUGCACGGAGGGCCAUCAGAACUGACCGAAGGUUCCAAAUCUUUGGACCAGAACCAGAGCAGGACCCUCAGUGUUUUAUGUCCACAGUGAACUCUGUCCUGUGGAAAACCAAUGACAUCCUCCUGCAAAGUGCUGAGAGCUUUUACCAGUGCGAGCGUCAUGGCAUGUUCCAGCUGCUUCCUGACACUUUGGACCUGUGGGCUGAGAGCAUGCAGCAAAGGCUGCUGGGAUACCAGGACCAGUCCAUGAAGCUUCUGGAGGCAAGCAGGGAAUUCCUGGUGACGCAACAGUCAGUGUUCAAUGACCUGCUACAUUUCUUACUCAUAGUUCUAAUCAGACAACAUGGGCAACGUCGAGAGGUGGAGUUUAUAGAGAUGGUGCAUGGAGUCAGGAAGAAGCUGGAGGAACAUCUGGCAUCCAGCGAGAAGAACAAGGAGGUGAAUGUCCAGCAACUGCGAUUGUCUCUGAGAAAGGAAGAGCUGCAGUUGGUGGUGAGCAGGGAGGAGGCAAGGCAGCAGCAGCUGCACAGCACCAUCUGCUGCUCACAUGUGGAACUAGAGGACUGUGUGCAGGCCUGUGGUGAGGAGUUUGUGACGUCACUGGCUGUCCUAACAGAGAAGUUGCUCUCUCUGCUGGAUGAUGUUCUCACACCUGUAAAACAGCAGGAAUCAGAAAGCAUUGUUACUAUGGAGAGGACACCUACACUAGAGCAGGAACAAGGAGAAACAGAGAGCAAUACCUGGCCUGGUAUCCCGUACCUGUCACCCCCUAGCAGCUGUGAACCCGCAACCACAGCAUCCAUCACUACAACCAGGAGCUCCAUGGAUCACGUGACUGUCAUAGAGCAGAGAGACAACGCUGUGAGACGGUUUGAACAGCUGCUCACGUCAGAGCUGCUGUGUUCGGAUGUGGGCAAACAAAAACGACUGAAGGAAAUAGAGCUGUGGACCAAACAUUGGCGAGAGCAAAUGCAUACACUGAUACACAUUAACACACAGACACACACGUCAACGUGUUGACAACUAUGUUACUUUUGUACCAUAGAUAUUAGGGAUGGGA